AUGGAUCCUGUAUGUGAUUUAUGUACACAAGCUAGGGCAGUGGUGUAUUGUAAAUCAGAUUCAGUGAGGCUUUGCUUGCAAUGUGAUGAAUAUGUGCACUCAGCAAAUCCAAUAUCUCGAAGGCAUUCACGUUCUCUCAUUUGUGACAAAUGUACUACACAGCCAGCAAUUGUGAGAUGUAUGAAUGAGGGAAUAAGUUUAUGUGAAGGCUGUGAUUGGGAUGGACAUGGCUGCAUCGGAACAGGGCAUCGACUCCAGAAGUUGAAUCCUUACACUGGAUGUCCAUCUCCUGACGAGUUUACACGGAUAUUGUCACUAGUUCUUGAAAUGCCUAUUGGUACUGCCACUAAUUUUGGCAGCUUUGGUAAUCCUCCUUGUAGCUCAUUGACUAUCAAUGAGAAUAAUAGCAGUUUGGAGACUAAAGUGAAUGACGGUUCUUUUGUACCUAGUAAGCUCAAUGAAUUGCCUUCUAAUUAUAAGUUUGAAACGUGGGCAAUUCCUCCCGAUCCCAAUUACAUGACUUCCUACAAUAGAGAUUUGGCACCCUUCUCAGAGGGAUCUGUUCUUUCUAAGCAAGAUUGUCCGAUUAAGGAUCUCGGAUUACAGGAAGGUGAUGAUCUCACAAAAGGUGUUGAUUUUGACGAUGUGACAUUGAAUUUCGAUUGUGGUUAUGAGAUUUUGGGCAGUUCACAACAGAGUCAUCCAAGAUACUCUAAUGAAAACAAGGAAUUGGAUUGCCCAGUCAUGGAGAAAAAUGCAUCCGUCACAGGAUCUAAUAACGUAGAAACUUCUCACGAGGCAACAUCUUCAGUGCAGCAAGAGUAUAUGGGAUUGCAGUCCUCACAAAUGUCUGCAGCUGCAAGUUCAACGAAUCUAUUGCAGACAAUGAGUGCUAAUGCUAAUUGCAUGCUUAUGAAUUCCACUUGCAACGGAAGCAUUGGCGUCUUACCCUUUCUACCUGCACCAAUUCAUCCAAGCAUGUCCUUAUCUCUCUCCAACAUCACUGGAGAAAGUUGUGCAGAUCAAGAUUGUGGGUUGCCACCGGGGUUUCUGAAUGAAGCACCAUGGGAUUUGAGUUUAGAAAAUUGUCCACAGAAAAGGCAUGAAGCCAAGAUGAGAUACAACGAGAAAAAGAAAACUAGAACGUUUGGUAAGCAAAUAAGAUAUGCUUCACGUAAGGCUAGGGCAGAUACCAGAAGACGAGUUAAAGGUAGAUUUGUUAAGGCUGGUGAAGCUUAUGAUUAUGAUCCAUCUGAAACAAGAGAUUUCUGA